UACACGACCCUUCACAGCAGUACAUUUCCCACGACACACCGCAAACGACAGUUAACCAUGCCUACCCUGAUCGAGCAAAUCGGCACCGGCGUCAUCACCGGCGACAAGGUGAUGGAGCUUUUCACCGCCGCGAAGAAGAUCGGUUUCGCCAUCCCCGCCGUGAACGUCACGUCGUCGUCGACGGCUAACUGCACCAUGGAGGCCGCCGCGGCCAUCAACUCGCCCAUCAUCCUUCAGGUGUCGAACGGCGGUGCCGCUUUCUUCGCUGGGAAGAGCAUCAACAACAAGGAGCCCAAGGAGCAGGCUUCCAUCGCGGGGGCCGUGGCCAUGGCGCUUCACGUCCGGCAGAUGGCCAAGUUCUACGGCAUCCCGGUCGUGCUGCACUCGGACCACUGUGCCAAGAAGCUGCUCCCAUGGUUCGACGGCAUGCUCGCGGCAAACGAGGAGUACUUCGAGAAGAACGGAGAGCCUUUGUUUUCGUCCCACAUGCUGGACUUGUCUGAGGAGGUGGACGAGGAGAACAUCAGCACCUGCGUCUCGUACCUCGAGCGCAUGAACAAGAUGAAGAUCUGGCUGGAGAUGGAGAUCGGCAUCACCGGCGGAGAGGAGGACGGUGUAGACAACACCGGCAUGGACCAGAACAAGCUCUACACCCAGCCCGAACAGAUCUGGGCUGUGCAGCAGGCCCUCGGGGCCGUCACCCCAAACUUCAGCAUCGCUGCGGCCUUCGGUAACGUGCACGGUGUGUACAAGCCCGGAAAUGUCAAGCUCAACCCCGGCAUCCUCGCCACCCACCAGGAGUACGUGAAGGAGAAGUUGGGAGCGGACGCGGACGAACGACCGUGCAUCUUUGUCUUCCACGGAGGCUCGGGCUCGUCAGAGGAGGACAUCGCCACCGCCGUUAAGGCCGGUGUGGUAAAGAUGAACGUCGACACCGACACGCAGUGGACAUACUGGGAGGGCAUCAGAGACUUUUACAAGGCGAAGGAGGGCUACCUUCAGACGCAGAUCGGCAACCCCGACGGCGAGGACAAGCCCAACAAGAAGUUCUACGACCCCCGCGUGUGGAUCCGCAAGGCCGAGGAGACCAUGCGUGAACGCAUCAAGAAGGCGUGUGAGGACCUUGGCAACGUCGACACCCUGUCCAAGGAAGUUUAAGACGUCUCGAUAUGUUUGUCUAUCUCUAAGAUCACAUGAAUAAUUUGGGAACGACCCGUCUGUUUGUUGUUGAACCGUCAACGCGGAACUAGUUCGUGUCUUGUAGGUUCGACGUUUAGGGAUGGGAUGAGAGUUUGAACAGAGAGAUGGGAGAGCACACGCCCCUUGUGAUUUGAUCCUGUAGUGUCAUGUCUCGUAUUGUGCGUUUGAGGAUGUUCCUUUUGAGGAAACGAUCAGACGUGGUGUCCGGCGGGAUCCAUUCAUGCGUAGAUUCCGAUUCGUGGAUUCGGCCGCGCUCUUUCGGCGGGUAGGGAACCAACCCACUCACGUUUAGGGGAUGGCGAGCCAUUUGUUUUCGUGCCUCCUGUGCAGUUAUAAGGUCAAGUUUUUUUCAGGCAUUCUCCUGGGUUGUAUACCCCCCCCCCUCUAUGAACGGUGUCGGUCAGGCGGCCGGUACAGUAGGGAUGGGGUGAGUGCAUUGAGGGGGCAGCAGCUGGAAGUUCGACUCUGGGGUUCAGCAGCACCAAGUGUGUCUUGAUGUUCGAAGGUCCUUGUCUGCGUGCGAUGUUUUCAUACGAGCGACGAUGUUUGAGUAUUAGUAUUUUAUUAGGUAUCAUGAUUCGCCCGAUUCUUCGACCGGCGAGCUUAAGGUCGCAAGCAAACGAUAUAUUUUCAUUUGGCGUCCAUGUACACACACACAUCAUUCUCGAGGUGGAGUUACGUCCUGUUUGUCAGCCUCAUACAUCUGUGUGCGCUACUAACGCUAACCCUCGAGUGACGCUCACUAGACUGCUAGCGAAACAACAGCGGGCGUCAGAAAACGCCGUCUGGAACGUCGGGUGGAGGUACCUGACCUACGGUCGGUACCACACCACCAUUCUCGCGUACGUACAAAAGAGGUUGUUGUUGUUGUCGUCGUCUCUAACAUUAAAAGUCGGCCCGUUGUCUCUGGCAGUAGGGUUGACGGUCUGUUAUUAAUAGUGAAACUUAAUCUU